CUGUCUAGGCAGAUGCCCAGUCCUUCCUUGAGGACCGUCAGUGUUGUGUGUCUGGAGGACAAGAUGGUGGUGACCAUUCUGAAGGAUCUGUUUGGGAUUGGGAAACUGGUCAAGGCGUCUGACCUCACCCUGGGCACCGCUCAGUGCACACCAUCCUCUGAGGACAAGGACACCGUGGUCUUCCAGAUCAACCUGCAGGACUGCGGGAAUGUGGUUCAGAUGAACACUGACUUCCUCCUCUAUACUACAAGCGUUGCCUACAAGCCAUCUCCAUCCAGGAACGUCCCAAUCACCCGAACCAACAGUGCCAACAUUGGUGUUCAGUGCUACUACCCCCGGCACGGCAAUGUCAGCAGCAAUGCAAUCAGACCAACAUGGAUUCCCUACAGCACCACCGUAACCAUGAAGGAGAGGUUAUCCUUUGCACUCUAUCUGAUGAAUGAGGACUGGAGUGGUCAGAGUGCAUCUACAAUCUUCACUCUUGGUAGCUCCUUGAAAAUUGAGGCCUCUGUCAAUGUGGAGAACCACAUGCCGAUGAGGAUCUUUGUGGACAGCUGUGUGGCACUGCUAGCUCCGGACCCCAAUUCCACCCCUCAAUAUGAACUCAUUAAAAAUUAUGGAUGCCUGGUGGAUGGGCAGCAAGAGGAUUCCUCCUCCUCGUUCAUAUCACAGAGACCAGAGCCAAACAGACUGCACUUUGAGAUUGAUGCCUUCAGGUUUACAGAUCACAACCAGCCCACGAUCUACAUCUACUGUGAGUUGAAGGCCGUCCCACUCAACCAGGCCCCAGACCCAACUAACAAGGCCUGUUCCUUCAGCAAAACCAGCAACUCGUGGUCUCCUGUAGAAGGUGCUGCCAACAUCUGUAGCUGCUGUGAUACUGGAAACUGUGUUGGCUCACCUAGGAGGCUUGGACCAGCACAAUCCAGAAGGGUUGGACCAGCACAAUCCAGAAGACACUGGAAGAGACAUCAAGCUGAUGAGGCAUCAGAGGUGACCAAUGUACAGCUCCUGGGCCCCAUUUGGAUCAUUGACCCCAAGAGUGUUCUCAAUUCUGAGGGUGAACAGGCUCUUGCAGUGCAUGCAGCUGAAUCAGAACAAGAAGUGAAGCCCUGGAUGGUGGCAGCUGUGGGAGGCCUUAUCCCUGGUACCGCCAGCAGCCAGAAUCUCUACGGCGGGGUCCCUACCAGCCUGGAUGGGGUUCUGCCCGAGGACUUCCUGAGCUGUCUAGGCAGAUGCCCAGUCCUUCCUUGA